GAUCCUGAAGUAACAGCUAAUGGUCCCAAUUCGGGUUUGUACUCGCCGCAUUGUUGACUUCUUACGGUCCCGGGAGCUGAUGAAGCAGCGGCCGGCGUGAUGAAUGCCAGUGGCGGAGAUAUCGUGACCUCGGCCCGUCUGCUCCUGGAAUAUGUGGACUCGCUGCUUCCCGUAAACCCGCUGCAGGGACCCUUCCACAGCGCCUGGGACUACAUGCUGACCAACUACACCAAGUUCCAGAUCGCCACUUGGGGUUCCCUCCUCGUUCACGAGCUCACAUACUUCACCUUUUGUUUACCUGGCUUCAUCUUUCAGUUCAUACCCUAUAUGCAGAAGUACAAAAUCCAGCAGGACAAACCAGAAACUUGGGAGAAGCAAUGGAAGUGUUUCAAGAUGCUGCUGUUCAACCAUUUCUGCAUCCAGCUACCCAUGAUCUGUGGGACCUAUUAUUUCACUGAAUAUUUUAACAUCCCCUACACUUGGGACACCAUGCCAAGAUGGUACGUGCUGCUAGCCCAGUGCUUUGGUUGUGCAGUUAUUGAGGACACAUGGCAUUACUUCUUGCACAGAUUAUUACAUCAUAGAAAGAUCUACAAGCAUAUUCACAAGAUGCACCAUGAUUUCUCAUCUCCGUUUGGUAUGCAGGCUGAAUAUGCUCAUCCAUUGGAGACAAUUAUCCUUGGAUCAGGCUUUUUCAUUGGAAUCAUGAUCUUCUGUAACCAUGUAAUGCUGCUGUGGGCUUGGGUUGCUGUCCGCCUUCUCGAAACGAUUGAUGUUCAUAGUGGUUAUUACAUCCCCAUAAAUCCCUUGCAUCUGAUCCCCUUUUAUGCUGGAGCCCGUUUUCACGAUUUUCACCACAUGAACUUUGUUGGAAACUAUGCUUCAACUUUCACUUACUGGGAUAAAGUUUUCAACACUGAUUCGCAGUUCAACGCUUACAACACAAAGGUGGCAAACAGAGAGCCUGAAGAUAAGAAAAGACAAUGACAUCUGCCAAUACGUAACUCAUUGUUCAGCAAUUUCUUUUCAAAUUCCCAUUUUCAUUCAGACGUAUUUAUUACCAUUGUUAGAAAAUGAAAAUGUUUGCCAGUGAAACUCUGGAAUGUAAUGCCUUACACAUCCACCAAGGUUUCAUUAAGCCCACUUCUACCAUGCAAGCUAUUAGAUUGGUAGUGCUGGAACCUUUGCUACACUAUAUUUCCAAUUUAUAUCCCUUGUGUAUCCCCAGGAGACUUUGGAGAAGGGGAGAUAGAAAUUCCACAUCCUGAGGUCCAAAGAGUUGGAUCCUUUGUAGUUGAAUUGCUGCUAUUUUGCAACGAAUUUCUUAAAAGGCAUAUUAAAAAGUCUAAAAUGCUACAGUGAUCAACUAUUUGAGCUAAUGAAUUGUGCACAGCAUUUUUGUGCAUUGACUGCUCCCCAUCUCAAUGGCAUCAUGCACCUUGCUGGAUCCAAAACUGUACUUCACUUUUAAAUCAGCAGUUGUAUUAUCUUGCACCACAACUAAUAAUCACUUUGAUCUCUUAGAUGUGAAUUCAGUGGAAAAGAAUGUAUCUUAAACUGAUCAAAUUUGCUUAUUCUAUUUUUAUUAGGAUUGUUGUCUUCUUUGUUAGGUGUAUAAUUUAUCCAUAAUAUCUUUAUUUUAAUGGUAAAACCAGAAUACAUUGACAUUCUGAGCUUGUAUCGUUGGGAUUUGCAAUUGACGUGUCCUUUCUUCAUCUUGUGUCCAGUAGUUUAAUUGGGAUUGGGGCGGGUACAUGAGUUGUUACAAAAACCUGUCACUGUCAGCUUUUAUUAUCUAAAGUAUUUUUUAAAAAAUGAUUUAUUAUUUGGAGCUCUAGAUUUAUUAUUUGGAGCUCUAGAUUUAUUAUUUGGAGCUCUAUAUUUUGUGGUCCUUGGAUUAAUAUUUGAACUGGGAUACUUUGAAAAGUCUGUCUGUAUUUGAUUUGUAUUUAAUUUUCAAUAAAGCUUUUUACCCAUGCAA